UUGAUCCCAUUAAUGUUGAUCCCGAUAAUCGUGAUUUCAAACCGAGCACAAGAUUGUUGUCGGGUGAAAUGUUUAAUUCUGGAAUAAUAUCAAAACUGACAAGAGAUAAUAUUUCAAUAGUUGAUCCGAAUGUUAUUAGUUCUAAUGUUUCUUUCAUGAUCACGACAAUACCCACUAUCACUGGCGAUUAUGCUAUACUGAGUGUCAACUCGUCAUUGGUGGAGAACAAUAUUUCAUCAUUAGCCACACGAACCGGAUUGUAUAUGACCACUAUACCUUAUAAUCAGCCAGUUUCAAAUAACCAAGUUCUUCUAUACGAAUUGGCUUUUUCCAAUUUAACUUUUCUUGGACUUUAUUGUGACAUAGCCCCUAACGGUAUCGGCUAUAUAUGCAUUAUUGAAAUUAGUAAUAAUCAACCGCAACCGACUUACAUAAAAGUUAAAUUUUUAACGUCCGCAUCAGUCAUGAACGUUAAUAUAUUAUCCAAUAUGCCUAACAUUAGCAAUACUGAGAUCAUGGCUCAAGUUCAAGGUUUUGAAAUGCAAGCAAUGGCAUUCGGUGGUUAUAUAUUGUAUGCUAUGAAUAAAAAUCACGAAUAUUAUAUUUGGCCUUAUAGUGAGGACAGUAAUGAGGACAACAUUAUUAAACCAUACCGAUUAGGACCUUAUUCUGCAAACAAUUAUACAACAAAUGCUCUUUAUAAUAAUAUUAGUCAGAAUAACCUUAAUGCCGCAAAUAAUAGUGGCUAUGGUAAUCUUCAAAUAGUUAAAAUUGAUCCACAACCAAUGAAUACGACGACUUCAAGUGAUAAAAUUAUUCCUGUUGCUGCAGCAGCAGUAGUGAACACUAUACUUUAUUUAGCAUCUCGAUCCAAUACGCCUGACAAAUACAAACAAAGGUUGAAUGUAUUCACAGCUGGAGUAUUCACAGUCUCUCAUACAAGUUUAACAAGCAUAUUUUCUUUUCAAUAUGUUAACAAUUAUCCGAAAUUCAGCUUGCCAAGCAAAAUCUUAUGGAUUACUCCACUAGUAAUAAAUAUCACAGUGUUUACCUAUAUUAUAUGCAAAGGCGGAAUCAAUGGAAAAAGGUUUCUUAAUUUGAUAAUUAUUGGUUUAACAUUAUAUAAUAGUGAAACUUCAUUACUUAUAAACCAAAGCCAGCUUAAAGAAAUGUUUGAUAAUAAUAAAAAUUUUGAGGCUACAGCUAAAUAUAGAGGGCUUGCUGAUAUUUUACUUAAGAGUAUUCCACAGCUGUUUACCCAGCAUUAUUCCAUUCCUUACACUAUGUAUAACUUGCUUUAUGAUUUUUCUUUCAACUGUUCAAUCGAUAGUUGA